AUGAUAUGUUCCUACAGCUCCUCAGGCUCAGAGGGCGAGGGUCAGGGCGACGAAGAGGAGGGAGGAGACGGUGAGGAAGAGGAUGGAAGAGGAGGAGGCGGCGGCAGAGGGACCUCGUCCAGCCAUGAGGGGAGCAUCAGCAUGGAGCGCUGGAUAAACCGGGCCAUCCACGGCACCUCCUCCACCACCACCACCUCCUCCACGGCCUCCUCCUCCUCUUCCUCCACACGCAGCGGGGGCAGCGGGGCAGCCGGCGGCAGGCUGGCCGACGUCCUGGCCCAACACAUCUCCGCCCACCACCACGCCCGCCACCACCACCACCACCAUCACCACCACCACCACCACCGCAAGACGGAGAACCACUCUGCCCCUCCAGAUGUCACCGGCUACACCAACAACACCACCGACGGGAUCCAGGUGGAGAGAGGCCCGGGCACCGGCACCGCGACCCAGAGGCAGACGCCCAAGUACGGCAACGCCGAGCUGAUGGAGACCGGAGACGGUGUUCCAGUCAGCAGCAGAGUUUCAGCCAAAAUACAGCAACUCGUCAACACUCUGAAGAGACCCAAACGGCCACCGCUGAGGGAGUUUUUUGUCGACGACUUUGAGGAGCUUCUGGAAGUCCAGCAGCCAGACCCCAACCAGCCCAAGGCGGAGGGAGCUCAGAUGGUGGCCUCGCGGGGCGAGCAGCUGGGCGUGGUGACCAACUGGCCCCCGUCUCUGGAGGCGGCCCUGCAGAGGUGGGGCACCAUCUCUCCGAAGGCCCCCUGCCUCACCACCAUGGACACCAACGGCAAGCCGCUCUACGUGCUCACCUACGGGAAACUCUGGUCCAGGAGUGUGAAGCUGGCCUUCAACCUGCUGCACAAACUGGGAAGCAAACAGGAACCGCUCGUCAGACCUGGAGACCGGGUGGCGCUGGUCUUCCCAAACAACGACCCCGCUGCCUUCAUGACGGCGUUCUACGGCUGCCUGCUGGCCGAAGUCGUCCCCGUGCCGAUAGAAGUACCGCUGUCCAGGAAGGACGCCGGCAGUCAGCAGAUCGGGUUUCUGUUGGGGAGCUGUGGAGUGACGGUGGCUCUGACCAGCGACGCCUGCCAUAAAGGGUUACCCAAGAGCCCCACCGGAGAGAUCCCACAGUUCAAAGGCUGGCCCAAGGUGCAGUGGUUCGUCACGGAGUCCAAACACCUCUCCAAACCUCCCCGAGACUGGUUCCCACACAUCAAGGACGCCAACCAGGACACCGCCUACAUCGAGUAUAAGACCUGUAAGGACGGCAGCGUCCUCGGUGUGACGGUGAUGAGGAUAGCCAUGCUCACACACUGCCAGGGACUCACACAGUCCUGCUCGUACACAGAAGCUGAGACCAUAGUGAACGUAUUAGACUUCAAGAAGGACGUGGGACUGUGGCACGCCGUCCUGACUAGCGUGAUGAACAUGAUGCAUGUCAUCAGUAUUCCCUACGCCCUCAUGAAGGUCAACCCUCUGUCCUGGAUCCAAAAAGUCUCCCAGCACAAAGCCAAGGUGGCGUGUGUGAAGUCGCGGGACAUGCACUGGGCUCUGGUGGCCCACCGGGAGCAGCGAGACGUCAACCUGAGCUCCCUGCGCAUGCUGGUGGUGGCGGACGGUUCGAAUCCCUGGUCGAUCUCGUCCUGCGACGCCUUCCUCAACGUCUUCCAGACCAAAGGGUUGAAGCCGGAGGUCAUCUGUCCCUGUGCCAGCUCCCCCGAGGCCCUGACUGUAGCUUUAAGGAGGCCUGUGGAGGAGGGCAGCACCCCUCCCGGUCGCGGCGUGUUGUCCAUGCAGGGUCUGAGUCACGGCGUGAUCCGGGUCGACUCGGAGGAGAAGCUGUCCGUCCUCACGCUGCAGGACGUCGGCGCCGUGAUGCCCGGAGGGAUGAUGUGUGUGGUGAAACCAGAAGGAGUUCCUCAGCUCUGUAAAACCGACGAGAUCGGAGAGUUGUGUGUUUGUACGGCGGCCACGGGAACCUCCUACUACGGCCUGGCCGGCAUGACCAAGAACACCUUCGAGGUUUUCCCUGUGACCAACAACGGGGCUCCCGUCAGUGAGUUUCCCUUCACCAGGACCGGCCUGCUGGGGUUCAUCGGUCCUGCGGGUCUGAUCUUCGUGGCGGGGAAGAUGGACGGUCUGAUGGUGGUCGGCGGCCGGCAGCACAACGCCGACGACAUCGUCGCCACGGCACUCGCCGUGGAGCCCAUGAAGUUUGUCUACCGGGGCAGGAUAGCGGUGUUCUCCAUCACGGUGCUUCACGACGAGAGGAUCGUGGUCGUGGCGGAGCAGCGGCCCGACUCCACCGAGGAGGACAGCUUCCAGUGGAUGAGCCGAGUUCUGCAGGCGAUAGACGGUAUCCAUCAGGUGGGGGUGUACUGCCUGGCUCUGGUGCCCUCCAACACUCUGCCCAAGACUCCCCUGGGUGGCAUCCACCUGUCAGAGACCAAGCAGCUGUUCCUGGAGGGGGCGCUGCACCCCUGCAACGUGCUCAUGUGUCCGCACACCUGCGUCACCAACCUGCCCAAACCCCGGCAGAAACAACCAGAGAUCGGUCCUGCGUCUGUGAUGGUGGGGAAUCUGGUGUCGGGGAAGAGGAUCGCUCAGGCCAGCGGCAGGGAUCUGGUUCAGAUAGAAGACAAUGACCAGUUCCUCUUCCUGUCGGAGGUGUUACAGUGGAGAGCCCAGACCACUCCGGACCACGUCCUGUACACACUGCUCAACUCCAGGGCUACGAUAGCCAGCUCUCUGACUUGUGUUCAGCUGCAUAAGAGGGCAGAGAAGAUCGCCGGCAUGCUGGCUGAACGGGCCCACCUGCAGGACGGAGACCACGUGGCGCUGGUCUACCCUCCAGGUAUUGACCUCAUCGUGGCGUUUUACGGCUGCCUUUACGCCGGCUGCGUGCCGAUCACGGUGCGACCGCCUCACCCGCAGAACAUCGCCACCACGCUGCCCACCGUCAAGAUGAUCGUGGAGGUGAGCCGGUCGGUGUGCGUGAUGACCACGCAGCUCAUCUUUAAACUGCUGAAGUCGAAGGAGGCGUCGGCCGCCGUGGACGUCCGGACCUGGCCCCCCGUCCUGGACACAGACGAUUUGCCAAAGAAGAAACCUCCUCUGCUGCAUAAACCCUCUAACCCCGACACCCUGGCCUACCUGGACUUCAGUGUCUCCACCACCGGCAUGCUCGCUGGAGUCAAGAUGUCUCACGCAGCCACCAGUGCCUUCUGCCGCUCCAUCAAGCUGCAGUGCGAGCUUUACCCGUCCAGAGAGGUCGCCAUCUGCCUGGACCCGUACUGCGGCCUGGGCUUCGUCCUCUGGUGCCUUUGCAGUGUGUACUCAGGUCACCAGUCCAUCCUGAUCCCUCCGUCCGAGCUGGAGGUGAACCCGGCUCUCUGGCUGUCGGCCGUCAGUCAGUACAAAGUCCGCGACACGUUCUGCUCCUACAGCGUCAUGGAGCUCUGCACCAAGGGCCUCGGCCUGCAGACCGACUCCCUGAAGUCUCGAGGGUUGGACUUGUCUCGCGUGAGGACCUGCGUGGUGGUAGCGGAGGAGCGUCCCCGGACAGCCCUGACGCAGUCCUUCUCCAAACUCUUCAAGGACCUGGGGCUCCACCCUCGAGCCGUCAGCACCUCCUUCGGCUGCCGGGUCAACCUGGCGAUCUGCCUGCAGCCUCACAGGCUGGGAAAGCUUGCGGACCAGGGCACCUCAGGACCCGACCCCACGACUGUGUUUGUUGAUAUGAGAGCGCUGCGGCACGACAGGGUCCGACUCGUAGAGAGGGGGUCCCCACACAGCCUGCCACUGAUGGAGUCAGGGAAGAUCCUGCCGGGGGUCCGGAUCAUCAUCGCCAACCCAGAGACCAAGGGACCAAUGGGAGAGUCCCACCUGGGCGAGAUCUGGGUGCAGAGCGGCCACAACGCCAGCGGUUACUUCACCGUCUAUGGAGACGAGGCGCUGCAGUCGGACCACUUCAACUCCAGGCUGAGCUUCGGAGACACGCAGACCGUCUGGGCUCGAACCGGCUACCUGGGCUUCCUCCGCAGGACCGAACUGACUGACGCCAGCGGAGAGCGUCACGACGCCCUGUACGUGGUCGGUGCUCUGGAGGAGGCCAUGGAGCUGAGAGGGAUGCGUUACCACCCCAUCGACAUCGAGACCUCCGUCAUCAGGACGCACAAGAGCAUCACAGAGUGCGCCGUGUUCACGUGGACCAACCUGCUGGUGGUGGUGGUGGAGCUGGACGGUUCGGAGCACGAGGCCCUGGACCUGGUCCCCCUGGUCACCAACGUGGUCCUGGAGGAGCACUACCUGAUCGUGGGCGUGGUGGUGGUGGUCGACAUCGGCGUCAUCCCCAUCAACUCCCGCGGCGAGAAGCAGCGCAUGCACCUGCGCGACGGCUUCCUGGCCGACCAGCUGGACCCCAUCUACGUGGCCUACAACAUGUAGCGCCCCCUGGUGGAGGACGUGGAGGUGGACGAAGGAUUAUUUAACGAAGGCGCAAAGACGAUCUGAGAAGAAUAAAGCCGGAGUCCCCGAGGCACAAGAAGUUGCGUUUCUCAGGCAGCGCUUCCCCCGAGGCUCCGUGUCGCUGCCGACCAUCUCCAGAAUCAAGAUGUUACGUUUAGCUGUCGUUUAGCGUUCAGGCUGUUUCUAUUAGCAGGAGCGAGAUUUGCACUCAGCCAACCCGUCCAGAUCCAGAAAGUUCUGCCACUCAUGCCGAAUGUUUACCGGAAACGGUGUCAAUCGUGCGUCGUGGUCGGCGGAAGACGACAAUCGUUAAAUCGCGUGUGUCUCACUUUAACGUUUUGCUGUUAAGUAUUUGCUGACGUCGCUCGUUUUCUUUGUUUUCGAACACGUCCUCAGAAUAUUUCCGGCUAUUUUUCUUUUUAAAGGAUAUUUACACAGAAACAAAGCAAACGGUGGCAGAAAAUGAUAUUUUACGAUAUCAACCAAUUACAGAGAGCGAGCUAUGUGUUGAUACGAGGGGGAGGGUCAAUGAGGUACUGCACGCUUGUUUCAUGCUCGCUCGUGUUUCGUUUUGUAAGCGUUACAUUUUUUUAAAAUUAAUUAUUCAUUAUUUUCUGAACCAUCCGUCCCAUCUCAGUGUGCUAACAGCUAACGGCUAACGGCUAACAGCUAACAGCUAACGGUUAACAGCUAACAGCUGCUGCCUUUAACUCGUUCAUUGUUCCGAACAAACAAUACAUCAAUUCAUAUCAUGUAAGUAUGUACAAAAAGAAACCGAUUUAAUUUAUUUUGUUUCUCUUUUAGAAGUAUAUACGACGAGACGUUCAAGAAUGUUUCGCUCUUGAAUAUUUGCUAAUAUAAAGAAAAGUAGAAAGCAUUGUAUUUUGAGUGAAACGCAUUCACGUCAACAUAUUAUGGUCAAAUAUAUAAUUAUAGUUUAUAUGAAAACGUAAAGGAUUCACACGAUACAGGAGCAGAUUGACACGCGAUGCUUCGUUUUACCUGCAUGUUGGUCUGAAAUGUUUCAGUUUAAUUUCACACGAAGAGUUCUGAACCAAAACUUUUAUUUGAUUUAUCUGUAAAAGUUUUGACAUUUUCCCCCAAAACACUCGGCGUCGAUUGAUAAUUCAUUUAAAUGAGUCAUUUGUGCCAUUAGAUUUCAAAUCAUCACUCACAUUUCUAAUUUGUGCACUCGAUGUGUGAAAGUGAGUAAUUAAUGUAAUAAUACAACAAACAUCUCUCUCGUGCAGUAAGACUGUCGUUUAAUUAAUAAUAAGCUCUUGUUGGUGUAACACUGACUUACGCAGUAUUAUUUAGAGAGCUGACGGUUCGUUAAAGAAUCCAAAAAGACAAAACUCAUGAAGUCAAUAUUAACUCAUGUUCUGCUGUCUGUGGUUCAUCAAGACAACGUGAACGCUGUUCAGACAGAUUUGUGAUAAUUUGACCUUUUUACACUAAUAUAUAUUAUUCUUUUCUUAUGCACAAAUAUUAUAAACUGCUGAAAAUUAUGAAAAACCUCUUUCAAAAUUCUCAUAUUGGAUUCCAUGACAAAGUUUAAAUUCACCGUCUCUUAGUUCAACAUAACUUCAAUAGAUUGAGAUCUGUGUGCUCCAUUUGAAGGUUUUAUUCAUUUCAGGGCACAAUUUCUAAUUUAAGGUUCUACAUGAGUAAAUAUUUUAAUAAAUUAACUGUACUCUAAUAACUGUCUGUGAGGAGACGUUACGUUAGGACGAUGUUUGCUGACCUCCAGUGGAAACCUUAACUCUUAAAAACAGCUUUUUGUAACUGGUUGGCGUCACUUUUAAUAUGAGGAAGUCUCAACUUUGGAUCAGAACUCUUCAUGUGUCUCGUGUACCAGAGAACAAGCAGCGUUUCUGAUCUUUCAACAGAAAACAAGUUUUAAUCUUCAGUUGAAACAGACCAACAAGCAGCGCUCGGCUCUCUUAGGAUGAAGGUGAAUCCUCAUCGCCUCCGAGUGUCCGCGUGACGGCAGGUCGGCGAGCAGCCGCAGCUCCUGUAAAUAUCAGUCAGAGGUCCUUCAUAUUUUCUACAUGGACAGAUCGAUCAGGGCUCAUACAGUGAUGUCACAACAGGAACUAAAGACUGAAGACAGGAAGCAGAAUGUGAGGGCGUUUCACCGGAGGCUCUUUGAACGCAUCACAGAGCUGUGGUGAGGUCAAAGGUCAGCAGGAAUACCAGAAUGUUCCGGAUUCAACACACGGAAAGAGAGAAAAAAA